AUGGGCCAAGUCAGUUGCUCAGAUUGCAAUUGCAAAAAAAGAGAGAGCGAAACCAACCAAGAAAUAAAACUCACAGACACUUUAAAAAGCGACAAAGAUAUCGCGAACAUCAGUGCAACUGACAUUUCAAAACAUCUUGGAAUUGAAAAUUUAGAUCUCAGUACUUUUCAAUCUUCUCCAAAUCAGACAAAAUUCAACGCAGCUGUUCCAAAAGUAAUAAAAAUCCAAUCUUUAUGGAGAGGAUACCAAACAAGGAAAAUGUAUUCCUUUAUUUAUAAAGAAAUAGUGGUGAAGUCGACCGAUAUGGGAUCUGAGGAAAACAACCUCAGGAGUAGGACCAUCAUGAUGAAGCCGAAAUAGUGCUUCUGUCACUUUUGAAGCAGACCUCCGGGUUUGGAGAUACUGAAGAGGUAAAUUUUGGUUCUUCCCUGAAGGGUUUCCCCGCCCCAGCCAGAAGGGAUUGACAGGUUUUGCCUUGCACUUAAUCUUUGCUUAUCGGGACUAAUGGGGCAUCCAUAAAAAGUGGCUCUAACCAAGGGAGUAAUCCUUAGACUAGGUGGGUUUACACCAUAUAGGCAGGCUAUUGGCCCAUCCGCUUAUAACUUAAUUUUUAUUUAUAAACCAAAAAGCAAAUUUUUCUCAACUGAAAAUAAAGUAUCAAAACAUAACGUAAAACCUCCAUUCACUUUUAAAAGUGGCUCUGUCUAUAAUGGAGAGUGGAAUGGGAAUGACAGAGAAGGAAUAGGAACUCAAACUUGGCCAGAUGGGACUAAAUAUGAAGGAAAUUGGAAAACAAACAAAGCAAAUGGUCAUGGAAAGUUUUGGCACAUUGAUGGAGACAUUUUUGAAGGAAAUUGGCUCGAUGAUAAAGCUCAUGGAAAAGGAGUUUACCUCCACAAAAAUGGAGCAAUGUAUAUCGGAGAUUGAAAAAAUGAUUUGCAAGAUGGUUUUGGGAUUGAAUCGUGAGCAGAUGGAAGUAGAUAUGAAGGAUUUCAUAGAGGAGGAAAGAAAAGCGGGUUUGGGACUUAUAUUUGAACCGAUGGAAGUAUAUCGUGUUUUCAUCAAUUUUAUACAAAAAACUAUAAUUAGAAAUCUUCUUAUAAAUCGAUAAAGGGUAAGCUAUAUAUCCAUCACAUAGGUAUCUGCCAAGCAGGGUAUAAAUAUACUGGCCAAUGGGCUAAUAAUUAUAUGAGUGGAAGAGGGGUUUAUACCUGACUUGACGGAAGAAGAUACGAAGGCGAAUGGCUAAAAAACAAUAUGCAUGGCUUCGGCAUUUACACAUGAAUUGAUGGCCGAAAAUACGAAGGAGAAUACAGCUACGACAAAAAGCAUGGGGCAGGAACUUACACAUGGGCUGACAAUAAGCAAUACAAAGGGUCAUGGAAAAACGGCAAACAAGACGGUCAAGGGGUUUAUAUUUUCCCUGACGGCAAAGUAAAAUCUGUUCUAUUUCGAGAUGGAAAGAAAAUUGAAUAA